AGAGACCGAGACUGGCUCAGAAUAAAGACUGGCUUCGCUCUGACAGCUACCAGAAGAAAUGGGGGCCGGUAACACCGCCUCUACUGCUCCAUCAUCUGGACUGGAAUUGACCGUCAGACGCAUGAACACUGUCACCCUGGUCCUCUACUGCAUGAUUUUUGUUGUUGGGGUUUUGGGGAACAGUUUGGUGAUCUACGUGACGGGCUUCAGGAUGAAGAGAACAGUCAACUCGGUGUGGUUUCUCAACUUGGCCUUGGCUGACUUCCUCUUCACCGCCUUCCUGAUAUUCUCAAUCGUCUCUCUCUAUCAAGACCACCAGUGGCCUUUCGGAGAGUUUAUGUGCAAGCUCAAUAAUUUUGUAAGUGUUGUCAACAUGUUUGCCAGCAUAUUUCUCCUGACGGCCAUAAGCCUGGAUCGUUGCGUAAGCAUCUGGGUGGUGGUGUGGGCACAAAACAAGCGCACCGUCCAAAAAUCGCAGAUCUUGAGCACCGUGAUCUGGGUCAUGGCCGGAACCUGCAGCAUCCCUUUUGCCACUUUUCGUGAAGUUGUUGAAAAUCAAGGCAAGAAGUUUUGUGGUUAUCGUCCACACGUGAACUUCAAGAGUCUUUGUGUUGUCCGCUUUGUCUUGGGCUUCCUCAUCCCAUUCAUGGUAAUAUUUAUUUCUUGUGUGGCCAUUGGGAUCCGCGCCAAGCGUCUGCAGAGGAAGAGGAGAAGGAGAACUCUCCGCAUCCUUUUUUCAGUUGUUACUGCCUUCUUCAUCUGCUGGUUACCCUUUCAUGUAAUGAGUUUUGUUGAGGUAAUGAUCAAAGACAAGUCAGAUUUUACAAGCAUUAUAUAUAUUGGAAAUGGUCUGGCUGUGAGUCUGGCGUUUAUGAACAGCUGCCUGAACCCAAUUCUUUACGUCUUCCUGUGUGAUGAGUUCCAAAAGAAGAUUCGCCAGUCCAUAUGUUUUGUUCUGGAGAGUGCACUGGCAGAGGACCGUUUGUAUGCGUCCUCUCAGUCCUUGUCGUCGCACUUGUCAAGAAUUUCACGAAAGUCGGAUUCUGUGUCUCCUGUGGAGAGGACAGACACGUUAACCUCCCUUAACUUCACAGAGAGAAAAGUGUUCACCUCUGAGGGGACACAGAGCCCCAGAGAAGAUGUCGAAGUUUGACAGGGAAGAUGUGUCAAAGUAAAUCUGUUUUUUUAUGUCUCAAAAAGAAAAGAUGUCGGGGUGAAUAUGACAUAAUUUCUCCAACACAACAAUGCUUCUUUUUUCCUGAUGAGUCUAUCUUUUUGUACCGAGAAGCUUAGAAUCAUUAUGUCGUUCACAUUUACACCCACCUUUUAUCAGCCAUAGUCGAUGCACGUGGCUUUAGGUUUUAGAUGUUAAACGGUUGAUCAAAUCAGUCACGUAAAUAAUGUAAUGUUUGAAUCUGUAAAGCAAACUUUUUGCAAUGUUUACCAUGAAUUUGCUUCAAAUCAAUUUUGAGAACAAAAUUAAAUAUAUUUGUUUUUUAGUAAUUCCAUGCUCCAGUUAGCAAUGUGUAAUAGAAGAUGCUUAUGUGCAACUCCCUCCAUGAGAACGCUUUUUUGCUCUUUGAACUGUGAAAUAAAAUGGACUGAUGAAGAAGUUGUUUUUUCUACAAGACAAUUUCACAACCACACAGGUCUAGUCAUGCUUUAUCUUACAUAAUACUGCAAGAGUAUGUGC